UUUACAGAUGUCGUUUGCAAGCGAACCUGAAGAUAAUUCUGCUCCUACUAUCACAACACUCAAAAUCUUGAUCAUCGGUGAAAGUGGUGUUGGAAAAUCAAGUCUGAUGUUGCGUUUUGUGGAUGAUACUUUUGAUCCUGAAUUGCCUGCGACGAUAGGUGUGGAUUUUCGAGUAACAUCAAUGAAUAUCGACGGUAAUCGCGUAAAAUUGGCUAUAUGGGACACCGCCGGACAGGAACGAUUCCGAACUCUCACUCCCAGUUACUAUCGCGGUGCACAGGGAGUGAUAUGUGUUUAUGAUGUGACAAAUCGAGGAUCCUUUGAAAAUCUCGACCACUGGAUGACUGAAGUGGAGACCUAUAUAACCAAAGGAGACGCGGUCAAAAUGAUAGUAGGAAAUAAGAUCGAUAUGCCGAGUCGUGAAGUAUCUCGUGAAGAGGGUCUCAAGUUCGCAAAGCGUCAUCGCGCUCUUUUCAUCGAGGCAAGUGCGAAGACAAAAGAAGGUGUACAAUGUGCGUUUGAGGAGCUCAUAGAGAAGAUCAUCCAAACACCAGGACUCUGGGUGAGUGACCGCCCAGCAUUUCGUCUUGGUCAGGACACAGCAAACGCCAGUGAUUCUUACUGUGGAUGCUAAUUUUCUUUCCUUUGUUGAAAUUUGGCAGAUCUUGUAUAUAUCACACUACCACAUUCUUAUGCUGCGCUAGGUUACACUACUCCUUUUUUUCACUUGACCCGUGCCAGCAUUUUUUGAAAUGAAAGCAGUCAUAGUGCACCAGUUGAAUCCCUGUGCAUAAGAAAAAGAAAUGUAAAUAUCCUUAUUCCCGGUUUUCUCCAGAGAGUUUCGUGCCUAGUUAUACGUUUUUACGAUGUUUGUCAAAACAGUCAUCUGCUUGUAAGUCCUUUCGAUAUCUCACACAUCUUGGCUUUUUCUUUAUUCAGUGAUGUUAAUGCUACUCAUAUUGCUGGGUUUCACCAUUUUAGCCAAGUUCUCAGGAUUACUUAUAUAAAACACCUAUGCUUUCCGAAUGUAAAUAAAGUUUCAUCUAG